UGCAAGAAUGAUCCUGUCGAAAUAAUGUGACGAUUUUGAAGCUUUGUUGCUUUUAUUUAAAAGAAAAAAAAAGAAAAUACAUAAUUAUUAGAUAAAAUAUUCAUUGUGUCGUGAGUGCUUGGAGUGUUUAGAUUACUCAAAAUUUAAUUAAACAAAUAAAAAACUAUCAGAGCUAUUUUAAAGGUACCAGUAUUUUUUUUAAAUUUAAAAAAGUUUUUAUUUUAUUUGCGUUCGUGUAGUACAUUAUCGUACUAAUAUAUAAUAAAAAAUGAAUAAUUGUUCUCGUGGUAAAUUGCUGGUCGAUUUAGUGAAAAAAUAUAAGGAAGCAGAAAAAGUGGAGCAAAAUUUAAAUGCAAUUUCGGAAGAAAAUCAUAAUAUUAUGCAAGAAGUAGCAGCCUGCACAUCAUCACAGAAUCCAAUAAUCACAGAAUCAUCCAGUCAAAAUUAUGCUGAUUUUGACGAAAUUUCAAACGAUUUUAGCAGUGACGAUACUAUCAGAGAUAAAACAUGGCAGCCUGAAGACGAUCAAGAAGUCAACUUCACUUUAAACGAAACGAAUUUCAGUGCAGAAGAAAACAUUGAUCCUAACAAAAAUAGAGAACACGAGAAUGUAAGUGUAAUAAGUAGAAAUAAUGAUGGUACUGAGGAAAAUAACGAAAAUUGUGAGGGCGUUAAAAAAUCAAGGAAAAGAAAACGGAAUGUGGAAAAUUGGAGCCAAAAUAUAAGAAAAAGCAACAAAAAUUCGGGAAAAUCGUAUACAACAAUGAAAGGUAAAAUAAUACCUGAAAAAAAAGUCAGAAUAGCAUGUCCAGGCUCUUGCAAAGUGCAAUAUGUUGUUUGA